AUGGAGGACAAGGGAGCCCAAUGCAACAUGGGAUCAAAGAGGAAAAGGAUGACUAGUUUCCAAGAUUUAGAUUCAGACGACCUUAGGACUGCUAAGAAGAUCAAGGUCACCGUGGCAUCCGGGUCAUACAGCUCCCUUGGAUCCUCCACAUCAACAGACACAUCCACCAGCAGCGAGAGAACCGACUCCAAAUGUUCAGAAGUCUGCGAUAAAUGCAAGACCAAAGUCCGGCGCAACCCACCACGCAGAGCCAGUUUCACCUCGCUCUAUAACGUGGGCAAGUUGCUCGGACAAGGAGGCUGUGGGUCCGUCUAUGAGGGAACACGAAAGGAAGAUGGGAGAGAAGUCGCCAUUAAGUACAUCCCUAAGGGUGUAUCGGAGUACUACCUCACAAUCCCUGGAACAACGUACAGGCUGCCCCUGGAGGUAGCCCUGAUGCAGAUCGUGUCGCGGCCCCCUGUCUGUGAACACGUGCUGGAGCUGGUGGAUUGGUUCGAGCAGCCCAAGAAGUUCAUCCUGGUCCUGGAGCGUCCCACCUCCUGCAUGGACCUGUACGACUACUGUGAGAUGAUGGGUGGGAAGCUCAACGAGGCCAUGGCGAGGGUCAUCAUGCUCCAGGUGGUUCUGGCGGUACGGCACUGCCGCGACCGCGGCGUCAUCCACCGCGACAUAAAAGUGGAGAACCUGUUGGUGCAGACGGACACUCUGAACGUCAAGCUCAUCGACUUCGGCUGCGGGGAUCUGCUGAGGGAGAAACUCUUCAGGGACUUUGCUGGCACUACAGAGUUCUCCCCCCCUGAGUGGGUUCUGGAUGGCAAGUACCAGGGGCGCAAAGCCACCAUCUGGUCCCUGGGUGUGCUUCUGUUUGGCCUGGUCAACGGUGACCUGCCCUUCAGGAAGGAGGCCGAAAUCAUCCGAGGACGCCUGUGCUUCAAGAGAGGGAUCUCCAAAGAAUGCAGAGACCUGGUCCGCUGGUGCCUCAAGCAAGACCCUUUGAAGAGGCCCGUUCUGGAGCAGAUCCUCCUGCACGACUGGCUGUCGGACCGGGCUCGCCCCUAA